CGUGACAAAUGUUUUUUUGAUAGUAAAAUGAGAACACCCAUCGUGACAAAACGGUUGAGUUAUAAAUUUUCAAAUAUAAAAGAUCGCUUAAAUGAAUGAGUACAAACUUCAUGCGAUCAAACGCGAUUAGUGACAGAAGUAAUUCUCGUCGAAGCCUGCUACGAUGAAGAACAUUCACCGGGGUCGGCUAGCAAUCUUGCUCACUUCCGGAAUCACGACGUUUCUUUUCGUUAGACUCUACGCCAACUCUGACAAACCCACCGCCAGCUACGAUCCAAUUGUAGAGGAAACCCCGUCACAAAACAACACCAAAUACAUCCUGCUCUACACCAGCUACUUCGAUUUCAUCAACUGGGACCACAGCAAGAAAACCAAAGGCCCCGAUUUUUUCCGCUCCACCAAGUGUCCCGUCACGGAUUGCGUCAUCACAAGUCAACCGGACCUGCUCCCCUCGAUCGACUCCUUCGACGCGCUGGUCUUUAACGCCGCCGAGCGAUGGCCCCAGCCGAUCCCGCCCCUUCGGUCGCCAUCGCAGCUGUACGUGGCGGCCAUUUUGGAAUCGCCGGCGCACACCACGCACGUGCUCGAAAAGGACGGCGACUUUUUCAACCUGACCAUGACGUACCGGCUGGAUUCGGACGUGCCGUGGAGCUACGGUCAGCUGGCGGAAAUUAACGGAGCGGUGGUUGGUCCGUCGGAGAGGGCGCUGUGGUUGAAGAGCGGGUUUCGGAACUACGCGAAUCAAACGUUGCUCGGGUUGGUGAGGAACAAAACCAAGAUGGCGGCGCAGUACGUUUCGCACUGUGGGGCCAUUUCCGGGAGGGAUAAGUUGGUUAAGGAGAUUCAGAAGAGUGUCCAGGUGGACGUUUUUGGGAACUGUGGACCGAUGAGAUGCCCCCUCGGAUCCCCCCGCUGCUCCCGCAUGCUCACCGACGAGUACCGGUUCUACUUCGCCUUCGAGAACUCCCUGUGCCGAGAUUACGUGACCGAGAAGCUGUUCAACGCGAUGGAUAACUACAUCAUCCCUGUUGUGUUUGGCGGCGUGGACUACUCCAAGUUUGUCCCACCCCAUUCGGUGAUUGACGUUCAGCAGUUUGGGACGGUUGAGGAGCUGGUCAAUCGGUUGAAGUUUUUGGCGGACAAUCCAGAAGAGUACGUGAAGUACUUUUGGUGGAAGGAACACUACCGGGUCGUUCGGAACCUGCCGUUUUGUGAGUUGUGUAGGGUGUUGCACGGUUCUGGGGGGAAGUCUCGGUACUAUGAGGACAUUAGGACGUGGUGGUAUGAGGAUGCUUGUCAGGUUAAGGCUAAGAUUGAAUUUUAA